ACUAUCCACCUCCAGAGAAAGAACUGAUAUUGAUGGAACAUGGACCGAAGCAGAUACGUUAUUGUGUCCAGAAUGCAGAAGUGGCUCUUUGGCUUGGUGGCCUGUGUGGUCCUUGGCUUGGUGCAUUCAGAGGGACAUUCCAGGAAGAAGAGACAUGUGGAUCCUGAGGCAUACAUGAAUAUUAGUGAAAUUAUCUCCUAUUGGGGCUUUCCCAGUGAGGAGUAUAAUGUUGUGACUGAUGAUGGCUACAUCCUAAGCAUUAACCGAAUUCCGCAUGGCAGGAAGAACCAAUGGGAUAAAGGUCCCCGGCAGGUGGUGUUUCUGCAGCAUGGCCUGCUGGCUGAUGGGAGUAACUGGGUCACAAAUCUGGACAACAGCAGUCUGGGCUUCAUCCUUGCUGAUGCUGGUUAUGACGUGUGGCUGGGGAACAGCCGAGGGAACACCUGGUCCCGCAAACACAAGACACUUUCUGUUUUCCAGGACGAAUUCUGGGCUUUCAGCUUUGAUGAGAUGGCAAAAAACGACCUGCCUGCUGUGAUCGACUUUAUCCUGAACAAGACUGGUCAAGAGCAAGUGUAUUAUGUUGGCCAUUCCCAAGGCACCACCAUUGCCUUCAUUGCCUUCUCCAGUUUGCCCCAGCUGGCCAAGAAGAUCAAGCUGUUUUUCGCCUUGGGUCCUGUGGCCACUGUCAAGUUCAGCACCAGCCCCAUGGCCAAGCUGGCAUAUUUCCCGAAUUUGCUCUUCAAGGACGUAUUUGGGAUAAAGGAAUUCCUGCCCCAGAAUUGGAUCAUGAAGUGGCUGGGGACCCACGUGUGCACCCACGUGCUUCUGAAGGAGCUCUGUGGGAACCUCCUCUUUGUCCUCUGUGGAUUCAACGAGCGGAACCUGAAUAUGUCCCGAGUGGACGUGUACACCUCACACAAUCCUGCUGGGACGUCUGUGCAGAACAUGCUACACUGGAGUCAGGCUGUCAAAUCCGGGGAGUUUAGAGCCUAUGACUGGGGAAGCCCAGAUCAGAAUUACUGUCAUUAUAAUCAGAGUGAGCCUCCUUUCUAUCGAGUUAAGGACAUGCUGGUCCCAACAGCCCUUUGGAGUGGGAGCCGAGACUCGUUGGCAGAUGCCAAGGACGUGGGCCUCCUACUGACUCAGAUCUCCAAUCUCGUGUACCACAAGAAUAUUCCGGAGUGGGAGCACUUGGAUUUCAUCUGGGGUAUUGAUGCCCCAAGGAGACUCUAUAAUGAGAUCCUGGACCUGAUGAAGAAGUAUGAAUGAAGCCUCCCCCAGGGGGAGUAGUGGCUCAGACCAUUGGCUGAGGGCCAUGGCUAUCAUUUUUUUUUUGAGAGGCAAUGGGGGUUAAGUGACUUGCCUAGGGUCACACAGCUAGUAAGUGUUAAGUGUCUGAGGCCGGCUUUGAACUCGGGUCCUCCUGAAUCCAGGGCCAGUGCUUUUAUCCACUGCCCCUCAUUUUGUUUUUGUAAUCGAUUUUCCCCUUCCCCAAGCAUUUUGUAGGAUAAGGUCUCUGACUCAUUCUGACUCUGGCCUACAGCACACCACUUUAUCUUGUCCACGUGACCUUUGAGCCUGCCUGGGGAUGGCAAGGCAGUGUCUCAGGGAAGGGAGCCCUGUUCAGAUCCCUCAGAAUCCCAGACCUUGAGAUGCAGCAAGGGUAGUAGAGCUCAUGGGGUCAGAUUUCCUCCCAUUAAAGAUGGGGAAGCUGAGGCUCAGAGAUGACGCUAUUAACCCAUUUGGCAUUUUUAAAACUUCCCAGACUGGGGCGAAGGUCCCUGCCCUGCACCAGGGAUGUUUAUCCCAGCAGUUUACAGACACUCUGCAGGGGAUGAACUCUGCUGGAGCCGGAAUCUCUAAACUCUCUUGUUUCUUGAUGAGGGUCCUUCUGGCAUUUACAACAAGGCCACACGAACACUGGAGAGAGCCACAUUUUAUUUUCCCUUACAUUUGUAAGGAGGGACAGUGGGUGCCUGCCACUGAGCCUCGAUAUACCUCUUUGUACCUGCUUCUGCCCUCCAAGCCAAACAGAACAAGUCUCAUCCCUUUCAGUGAAAGAGCCUUUCAAACCUUAGCCAGCUACCACCCACCUCCCCCCGCCCCCCACAACGCUGCAUCAGUCCUCCAACCUCCCAGGUCUUUUCUUCAUCAGGUUAAAAAUCCUUAGCUCUUUCAAGAAAGAUAGCUCGACCUAGUGGACCGAGGGCUGGACUUCAAGUCAGGAAGAGCUGGGUCUGAAUCCCCUCGCUGACUCUUACAAGUUGUGUGACCUCGGACAUCACUUGACCUCUCCCCAUCUAAAUAAGUAGACCUGAGUUUAUAUCAGGCCUCUGACCUUUAUUAGCUGUGUGAUGUGGGGCAGGUCACUUAACUUCAGAAUCUCAGUUUCCUCAUUUGUAAAACCAGGGGAGUGACCUGGAAGGUCCCCUUACCCUCUAAAUCUGUGGUCCUGUUUUGUACCCAUGCUUUCCCUCCCUUUCAGACAAGCAGAUGCAUAGAAUCGCAGACAGUGACCUCUCUGUCAGGGUGAACGCCUCUCCUUGCCCCUGGCAUUUCUGAUGUCAGAGUUGGCCUAUGCCAGAAAUACUUCUUAGACAAAUGGUCAAGUAUCUGAGGAACGUUGAAUGGUCUUGGAGUGACUUAAAUAUGAUUACUCUUUGUGCCUACAACCCUAGAAGUCCAAAGCUUUGUGUCUCUGCUUAAGGGUCCCCCGAAGCUGUGAAGAAGGUGCCCACAUUUCAUUGCUUUGGUCAAAUCCUGAGCAACAUUUACCCCCUUCUGAUUCCCUCACCUUCUCCCCAAGGAGGGAUCCCUCCUGAUGUCUGGGAACUUGGUGCAGCUUGGAAGCAGCCACUGCUGGCUUUAGCUUUCAAAAUGGCCACAGGAAUCCACCUCCUCAAACUCAGGGAGUCCUAGCCUUUGAAUAUUUUCAUUUUACCUGUAUGGAUGAUUUUAUUGCUUCUGAUUUAUAUACAUUUGUGUGUUAUGGGUAACUUAGAGCAUAGGGGUUUUGAUACUCCUGACAUAAUUUCUUCCUUGAAUUAUAGACUAGACUAAGAUUUAAGGAUACUAGGUUAUGAUGAAAGUUGGGAGGACCCCGACAUGUGCAAAGGUUAUUUUGAUAACUGCAUGUUUAAAGUUGAAAAAAAUGUAUCCAAUAAAACUGAAUGACCUACACUGUAAUACAAAA